GCUGGAUACGGACGCGGACUUGACCAUGGCGAGCUACAGGGAUCUCCAUGUCUCUACUGUACUACUUCUGGCGAUAUUAUACCAUUCGGCCCUUGCUUUGGGAGGAUUUCUAGACUGCUUCCAUCCUGAAACCCUAGAGUACCAUGGCACUCACUCCGAGGCUUGUCCCAGGAUUGGAAGCUGUGGGACGUGCAUACCCUGGGCUAAUGUCACCGUGCCAGGCUUCGACCCAGCUUACUACCCUCAGGCAGACCUGAUGGAAAACUACUGCAGAUCAUUCGGCAACACAACAAGAGGUCCACAGUGUUAUUACAGGACCAACGAUGGCUCGGUGAAACUCGAGUAUUGCCGCAUACCACCUUGUAAUGCUCAUGCCGGCUGUAUGAAUGGGACGGGCACCAGUUACACAGACAGCGCCAUGUUUACAGCUUCUGGGUAUUCCUGCUUGAAUUGGACUGAGGUGGAACAUAACUAUGCUUUCUCUAACUUUGACAGAAACUUCUGCCGAAAUCCCGACAACAGUUCAAGUCCUUGGUGCUUUUAUUCUGAUCCACAAACCAACACGACACAGCGAGAUUUCUGCAUCGUUGCUCAAUGUGUGACGAACGCCCUUUCGAUGUUUACACGCAGAGUUGGAGUUUACAUUUUGGGCUUUAACCGGAAAUACGUAAUAGGGUUCGACGUUACGGCUGAACAGUGCGCCCGCUCAUGUCUGGAGGAGACUAGUUUUGUCUGCCGCACGUUCGAGUACCGGGAAAUGUGGCUGUUCACCGAUAGGAAGUGCAUUCUGACCAAUGUGAGCCUGUACACACUGGAUACAACCGAUAACACGCGCUAUGGAAUCGCCAUAGACCUCUUCACCAGGAUUGACAAAGUGUGUGACGCGUAUCGCACAAAAAUGUUUCCAGAAUUCUGCCCUUUCCCAAUAUCGGGGGAUCUCAAUGUGACGGCGUCAAGCAUAUACAAUGAAUCACACAGCCCGGCCGAUGCCUUGCUGCACUCCGAAACUUGGUGGCGCCCUGCUACGGACAGCAACACGGAGUGGCUGCAGUUCACCUUCCGGACCCGGAUGUUCAUCACAGCCCUGUCGGUGCAAGGCGCUGGAGCAGCGCCUUUUUGGGUCAAGCGCUUCAAUAUUACGUACACUUCAGAAGAUUCUGAGGAAUAUCGAGGCAACAGCGAAGCCAGCUGCGCAAGGACUGUGCUCCUUACUCCACCAAUCAGAGCCAAGGCAGUCAGGAUAAUACCAACUGAGUGGAACAAUCACAUUGCCAUGCGUGUGGUUGCGUUUGGCUGCAUUGACAAUGACUGUGAUAUGUCUGCUGGGAUGGUAGAUGGAUCACUGCAUGACAGUCGGAUCACCGCAUCGUCGUGUUAUGACGCCGACCACCAACCUCACAAGGCGCGGCCCAACCCCUUUGAUAGAAAUGAUCAGUCCGGCUGGAUGCCCCUUACUUCAGAUCUAGACCAGUGGUUGAGGGUGGAUUUUCAACAGGAACGCGUGGUCCAUACCAUUGUUACGCAGGGAUGUGGAGAUGGAAAAGGUUGGGUAACUUCGUACACCGUGGAAUAUGCGACCGACGAAGAGACACCAGUCAAAUACUUAGAUAACAACGGUGAUAUAAGGACGUUUCAAGCGAAUCGCGACGGAGAUAAUCUUGUGCAAAACUGCCUUGAACAGAGUCUAGUCAUGCAGGCUGUGUAUAUCUACCCAACAGCAUGGAAUGGACGCAUCUGUCUACGUGCAGACUUCCUUGGAUGCAUUCGCAACAAUUUUCUUGUUUUCAUAGUUUGUAAUAAACGUCUUGGCAUGGAGUCUGGUCAGAUCGCCGAUGGCCAGCUGUCGUCCUCUUCCUUUUAUCUGCACUACAUGCCUCAGUUGGCACGUCUACAUUUGUCUAGCGACGAGAUCCAGACACCCAUUUGCUGGCGACCCACACUUGAGCAGGCCGAAGAAUGGUUACAAGUUGACCUUCUGACCAUUCACACUUUGACCGGAGUCAUCAGCCAGGGCACUGGCCCUAAAGUUAAAAAGUUGUGGGUGACUUCCUACUUGAUCAAAUAUGAAUCACUGAAAUCAUGCGACUCAUGGCGGUACUACAAGAACUUGGACGGAGCAAACGCGAUAUUAACGGGAAAUGUAGACAGCAACACCGAGAGUCGGACAGUCUUUCAGCGACCAUUUAAAACCAGAAAGGUUCGCUUUAUACCAAAUUCCUGGAACGGUGCCAUUCCCUGUUUGCGUGUCGAAGUACUUGGCUGUCCUCUCGAAGAGGUGGGUGAGAUUUGCGGUGAGGGGGCAGUGCAACACGACGGGUUUUGCCUGGGAUCCGUCAAAAGCAGGCAACCUGACGCGUGCGAUGCCAUCUUUGCGCAAGGUGCUGAACUUCUCAAGAUCACCUCCAAUACGACACAGAAUUUUGUUGAGAACAAUUUCAAGUCACUCCGCAUCCAACAUGCAUCGGAGUACCUCAUUGGCCUGCGGGCAAGGACGAACAACGACUCGGCCAAUCUGCUGUUCUGUUGGUUGGACGGCACCCCUAUGACAUAUGAAAACUUCUUCAGUUCGGAUAACGUCUUUGGCGAUGUGGAAGAACUCUGUGUCGCGCUCGACGAUAUCAGUAGGUUGAAAUGGCGAACGGUUGAGUGUGAGGACGACCGGCAUGCUGCAGUAUGUCAGAGAGAUAUCAAUGAAUGUUUCCGUCAUGGGAUUUGCCCGUUUAAUUGCGAGAAUAUACCAGGGGGCUACCACUGCACAUGCCCUGCAGGAUACUUCAACCAAGAUGAAGACUGCCAUGAAAUUUGUGGCCAGCUCAACUCAAGCCUAGAGGCGACAGUAGUGGCAGGGAACCAGUCUGAGUGUUUUAUUUUUCCAAACCAAAUCGCAAGCUGGACGGAGGCAGAGUCUACGUGCAACUUGUAUGUCGGCAGGGUGGCUGAAAUCCAAGAAAUGUCACGAUUAAAGUUGUCAUACAAGGCAUGGACAAAAGUUGGAAACGGGACAUAUUCUGGUGAUGAAACCGACGACUGUUUUGUGGCCAGAUUUGAUAACAACUCGAUCUUUGAAACUCUCCAGGAGAAGUGCAACGAGUCAUUUCCGUUUGUUUGCGUAAGAGCCUAUACAGACAUCCGCUGCGGAGAGAUGUUAUGGAACAGCACCUUGGAAACGAAUACUUCAUUUGGCGUCAUUCAUUGCCUGAGUUUCCCACCCUGGUAUAACUCUGGUUCUAGCUUUGAGGUUCACAUCCAAGGGCCAAGUCAUCUGGUUGUUAGGUUCACCUUUGUCAAUAUGACUUUGCGUAAUGGUGAAGAGGCGGAGGAGUGCCUUGACUCCCUGAUAAUUAGGGAUGUUGUCCCCAAGUAUGGCCAAGUAGUCAGGGGCCGGUACUGCGGCACUCGGGAAGACCUGGAGAUCAUCACAAGGUCAAAUGAUGUCCUUGUUGAACUUGAAAUAGGCGAACUAACCGCUGGAAUGGCACUGAAAUUGGGAAUUGUUGCAUUCUAUGAAAUGAUAGACUGCAGUGUGCGAUCCUGUGAUUUAGGAUGUGUUGGAAAGACCAGCCCCAAUGGCACCAGUGGGAAUUUGACCACGCCCAACUUCCCCAACCAACUGCCGCCCUUCAGCAUUUGCAGGUGGGAUCUCCACGUGACCCCCGGAAAGUACGUCCGGCUCUCCUUCCCGGAAUUCGAGGUGAAGGGACUCAAAGACGUCAAGGGCAAAUGCCUGGACGCAGUCCACAUCUUCAAUGACCAGGAGUAUGAUCCCACGAUGCUGUUGCCCGGGAUCUGUGGAGAGUCACCGCCGCUGUUUGUGACUGAUAGUUCAGAUAUAUCCGUGUUGUACCGGACUGGACUCCAGUCGGCUUCCCGUGGUUUUCGCGCUGAGUUCACGAUGACAGAUCUUCCUGGAUGUAGCGUGGGAUCUCACAACGACUCAGAACAGAUUCGGUGCAACUUUGACUCGGCUGUUAUUGCAAGCCCCGGCUAUCCGAGCUACUCUCUCCCAAAUACCCGCUACACGUGGCAGAUCACCACCUCGCCAGCCACAUACAUCGAGCUUGUCUUCCACAAUUUCAGCGUGCCGUCGAAGCAUGGCUGCGAGUUCAACUACCUGGCCGUUUUCGACGGUCCGGCCGCUGAAGCUAAUGGUACUGAGCUCGGCAGGUUUUGUAACAAUGCCGUCCCUCGAGAAAGGAUCUAUUCCAGCAGGAACAGCAUCGCCUUGAGCUUCAGAUUGGACAGGACGGUGGAAUGUCCGACACGGGGAAAUGCUAGAUUCUACGCUGUGUACCAAACCUUACGUUUCACUUCCCCCUUGUUGGGUAAUUCUUCGUCAAAUCGAGGUUACCUGUGUUCAGAAGAAUGGGAUUUGUACGACGCCAAUUGUUAUAAGUUUUUUAAUCUGACGGAGAAUCUUAGAUGGACUGACGCACAGAUCACGUGUCAAGAGGCGCAGGCUAACUUAGUAAGCAUCAGAGAUAUCAACGAAGUCAAUUUCAUCCACGGUAUGCUGACGUCCAAGUGGUUUUCGCCCCAAUUCAAUACUUACAUUGGGUUGACUGAGGUAUUUCACCGGGGCGUAUUCCGGUGGAAGGAUGGCUAUCCCUUGAGCUAUGCAGAUUGGUACAUUCCAAAUGGCAAUCGGCCGCAGCCGGACGGGGAUGUUCUGGAAGACUGCACAAUGAUCGCCUUACACAGCAUGCACUCUACGGCAAACUGGCACGACGUCCCAUGCGCCUCAAAGGAUGCACGGCAGUUCAUAUGCAAGAGGCCAGCUGAGUCUCUAGAAUCGACAUCGCCAAUGCGCUCUCCCCCUUUGACAGAAGAUGGCGUCAUGGGUAUAACUCAUGAAGACACACAGAGCAAGUGUAAGGAAAUCCUGAAACGCUGUGACAACGGGGAAUGCGUACAACUGCAGCACGGAUGUCAAAGUCUCUCAGGUGACCAAUCAAUUGGCCACACUCCGUAUUCACAUGACCGAAUCAAUCAGGUGGAAGAAGAUGUGUCUGGUGAUGUCUUUGUGUGUUCAACCACUGGCGAACGCAUCUCUCUGUCUUUCUACUGCGACUAUGCCAUCCACUGCGCCGACGGUUCUGACGAGGUGGACUGUGAUUAUCCAGCAUGCCGAGAGGAAGAAUACAUGUGCGAUAACGGCCAGUGCAUCAACAACAGCAAGCGAUGUGAUCUGAUUUACGACUGUAAAGAUGAAUCGGAUGAAUCACGCUGCGAUAUAUGCAACGCUGGUUUUCAGUGCUACGAUGGUACGUGCUUGUCCACGAGUACAGUAUGUGACGGCUUCAAGGACUGUCCUGGUACCCGGUGGGAAGAUGAACCAGCAGAAUGCUCAUAUCAAUGUGACAGUGACUACCAACUCGAGUGUACCAACGGCGUAUGCGCAAACAAGUCAACAAUUUGCCUGUAUGACUUUGACGAGUAUGAUCUACAGAUCGGAUGCCGUGACGUCACCCACCUGCGCUUUUGUGAGUCGUACGUGUGUCCUGCAUGGACUUUGAAAUGUCCAUCAUCGUAUUGCAUCCCACUGCGCAUGCGUUGUGAUGGUGAAUUGAACUGUCCGAAGGGAGAAGAUGAACUGCGUUGUGAUGAAUUUCAGUGUCCAGGAGCAUACCGUUGCCAUGGUGCCCGUUAUUGUGUUUCGCCAGAUGAGCUUUGUGACGAUAUUCCUCAGUGUCCAAACGGCGAUGACGAAUUCUACUGUGAUAUGACCUGCCCAGACGGUUGCAAAUGUCGGGGAUAUUCAUUGAAAUGUGAUGGUGUAAGUUGGUCUAAAUCAGUUGCUGCUUUGUUGCCGACCCAAGCCAGACUCAUCAAAUUGACAUCGCUCCGACAUCAUGAAGAGUUAGGAGCACCAGACACAGUGCUGCACUUUGCUCCAGGAGAUUUCCCUUAUUUGGCGUUACUAUACCUUCCAUGUAAUGGCAUAAAAGAAAUACCGGGCGGCCUUUUCAACAAGUCAUCGAAUUUGUUGAAAUUAUCACUGGCAUUCAAUCAGAUCACACAUUUGAGGCGACUAACUUUUCACGGCCUAAGGCGUCUUGUAUUCUUAAACCUAACUGGAAAUCCUGUAUCGCUUAUUGACCCAGGGGCCUUCAUUGGCCUCAGUGUACUUUCUCAUCUCAAUUUGACCGGCCUUCCCUUAAACACGCUCACUGAGGGAUUAUUUGAAGGCCUUGAGUCACUCAAACAUCUAUAUCUUCGUGGAUUGUCACUGAAUACUAUCCAACCAAGUACAUUUGUUGGUCUGAGCGACCUCAACACGUUAGAUAUUCGCCAUACCUCCAUUGACAGUGUUUCUGAAAGUAUGUUUGUUGGACUGGAAAAUCUACGGACUUUGUAUUCUGAUAGGUAUAUCUUCUGCUGCUUGAUCGGUGAUAUUGCGGAAUGUACACCACCACUCGAUCAGUUCUCAUCUUGCGAGGACCUCAUGCGUAACGAUGUACUGCGCACUUUCAUCUGGAUACUCGGCAUCAGCUCGUUGCUUGGCAACGCCCUUGUUCUACUCUGCCGACUGAAAAGAGGCGGGGAUGAAAAGAACAGAGUGCAGGCUUUCCUGAUUCUCAAUCUCGCCGUGUCGGACUUUAUGAUGGGUGGGUAUAUGCUGAUCAUCGCCAGCGCCGACCUGUCCUACCGGAACGUCUACAUCCUCCACGCUGCCGAGUGGGAGUCGAGCGUCCUUUGCAAAGUAGCGGGCCUGAUCUCAGUUUUGUCCAGCGAGGUGUCGGUCGUGAUGUUGGUGGUCAUUAGCCUGGAUCGAUUCUGGUGCGUGGUAUUUCCCUUCAAGAUGGCACGCCUUGGGAUGAAGUCAGUCAUGUUCAUAGCGGCCACAGCGUGGUCGGUUAUGCUAAUGGUUAGCAUCCUGCCGUUAGUUGGCUUACCGUACUUCUCUAGUUCCUUUUACGGACGCACAGGCGUUUGUCUUGCCCUACCUCUCACCCAGGACAAGUUCCCUGGCUGGGAGUUCUCCAUCGCCUUCUUCCUCUUCUUCAACAUGAUCUGCUUCCUAGUCAUCUUGAUCAACUACACCGGCAUCUACCUCGUCGCACGGCGCGCCUCCCGUAAGGUCCGCUCCAGUAAGAAAUCCCAGGAGGUUCGAAUGGCCGGAAGGAUGUUCCUGAUCCUCUGCACCGACUUCCUGUGUUGGAUGCCGGUGAUCAUCAUGGGAAUCUUGUCGCUUGCAGGGGUGCUUGUUAUCCCCAGCACAGUGUAUGCAUGGACUGCAGUCUUCAUUCUUCCCCUAAACAGCGCCCUCAAUCCUUAUCUCUACACAGCAUCGACAAUGCAGCUUAGGAACAGAAAGGUUGGGGUCAAAAGGGUAAACACUACAGUCGCUGGAGAUGCCUUGAGGAAUAUUAGUCGUUCGUCGACCUGCCACUGCCUCUUACUUUCUGAUGUUCUAAGAGGGCAUGAGCCGCUCAAACUCGAAGGGGACCAAUUGAACCAGCUUGCGGCAGAGCUGCAUGACACUGUGCAAGGCUUACACGAUAAAGGAAUUGCUGUUGGGGACAUCUCAGAGAGCAAGAUUAUGUUACGUCAGGUUGAGAGUGCAUCUGUGACCACGUGGUCUGCGGAGCUGCUCAUGCCAAAAGCGGAGGCGCUGUAUAUUGUGAACAGAGAGGGCGCUAGCACUAGCGAUGUCGCCUUUGAGGAGGACAUGAAGAAAUUGAAUCGAACAGUCACCAUGAUGAGGAGAAAACUUGGCAGACUAAGCAGUUCAUCGACUUGAAGAAAUACUUCUGUAGAUCCCAACAAUUACUUUAGACUGCAUAGUUUUGCAGGUGCAAGUUUUUCCAACGGGAUAAUGCUUGUUAUUGGGAUAACCUUGCUAUUUGGUUGUACGGACAACUUUGAACAACGUACUUUUUGUAAGAAAAACAGAGGCACUUGGAAAGCUUGGAAAUGGCCGGCUAGAUUAGGAAAUGGAGCAUUAAAGGCAGACAUCUGAUAUUAAUUAUUUACGUUGCUUUACCGAUGCUUUAGCGUGAAAAUUAAAUGUUUAAUGCCUAAAGUUCUCUCGACUGUUGUGAAGCAGAUUUUACACCCGGUUUGAAAUUUCAGCCGGUCGUGAUUUUAUAAUCAGUACUUGACAGUUGGAUAUUUCGUUGUUGUUUUCACGAAACACAAAAAAAAACGGAAAAUCGAUUUUUUUCCGAUCUGGAGAUUUUCCUAAAAUUAUACUUCCUUUCAUCCAAAGUAUAAAUAAGCAGAGUUUUAAAGCAAAACGUUCUUUACUAUCCUAGUAACUUUAAACAAACAACUAACAAAAAGCUUAGUCUGUGUUUGUCUCUGUUUUCAAGAAGUGACAAAAAGUCACAUCGUUUGCACGGCAAAAAUAGAGACAAUUCACACAACCCCUGCACGAGUCUGUGUGUGGACACAUGCCUGCAAACGAUGUUGCACCUAAACAUCUGCGCGCGGGUUGAAAUGUUUUCCAAAGUGUUUAUCUCGGAUUGUCCGUUUGGCUAGAAUUUGAGUUUUUUGUCACUUUGUGAAAACAUCAACGAUUUUUAAACUGGUUACAUGUGAAAAUAUUUUAUAAAUAUGUUCUUGUUGUUUAUUUACAACCUUGAUUAAAAUUCGAUGUAAUUUGAUUGCAUA